AUGCUUCUUCACCGUAAUCGAAUGGUGAGAUCUUCGAAAGCUCGUCGUGAGACUUCGAAAGCUCGUCGUGAGAAUCUGUUCGAACUUCUCACGAAGGCGUCCGAUGUGAUUUUUCUUCAAUGGAAAUCGAUUGUCCCACAUCAACGUGGAUUUCUAGCUGAUGUAAGCGACAUGAAUGGGACCGUCCGUUCUCGGAAUCCUAGUUUCAAUUUCAACUACAUUUCGCCUGUCUCCACAGAAAGGUCUCGUCGAUCGGCUGUUUCAUUGAAACCACUCAACAAUACAAUUGAUUUUGAUGCGGAUGUUUCUUCGAUUCUGGAAGUUCCUCCAUGCUCCUCUCGUACAAGAUCUCAUGCUAUUGCGGGCGAAGAUGAAAAUCACUCGAUCAUUGUGAUGAAUGACGAUGGAAUGCGAACAACAAGAGCUUAUAACAUGACAAUCGAUUUAACUGCUUCUGAUGAAAAACCAGCCAGUUUGAACUUGUGGAAUUUGAAACUUCGUCCAGGAAGCAACCGAAAAAUCGACAACAAGAUUCGAAAGGAGAUCCAGAGACAAUUGGCUCGUGAGAACCCUUCGGAUCUUUAG